CAAACGCGGUAGGCUGAUUCUUCACGUGUUAUUGUUUUUGUCGUAAAAAUAUCAUUUCAGUUGUUACAUUUUUCAUAUAUAAUUUGACUUGAUGAACACAAACCUCUUCAACCAAAGUGGAUUAUUUCACUAUUUUCAUUAAGUAUUUUAUGUCGACAUAACCAAAAUUGGCAGGAAUCUUUUUUUGUUCACGGAUGCCGUUAGACGCUUUCGUUUCGUCAUUGCUGGCCGGAAGUGCAGCAGGGAUGUCAGUGGAUAUGGGUUUAUUUCCUUUGGAUACCUUAAAAACUCGCCUCCAAAGCCAAGCAGGAUUUUGGAAAAGUGGAGGAUUUUCCGGUAUCUAUCGCGGAAUUGGUCCGGCCUUUGUUGGAUCUGCCCCUAAUGCCGCCGUGUUUUUCUGUACGUAUGAUUCUUGUAAAAAGCUUCUGGAGAGGAGAGUGGGGCAAAAUCUCCCUUGGGUUCACAUGUUGUCCGCGUCUAUAGGAGAAGUGGGAGCAUGCGUCGUGCGUGUACCUGUCGAAAUUGUAAAACAAAGACGACAAGUAUCCCACCAUAGUGUUCGCCACGUCUUCAAUCAAGUUUUGAAACAUGAAGGGUUUCUGGGUUUUUAUCGUGGCUAUUUUAGCACAAUUCUGAGAGAGGUCCCGUUUUCAGUGAUCCAGUUCCCAUUGUGGGAAGCGUUGAAGGUGCAAAUAGCGUCUGAGCAGGGUCACUGCUCUCCAUUUGAAUCUUCAAUGUCGGGGGCGAUUGCGGGUGGUGUCGCCGCCUGUCUCACCACUCCUCUCGACGUAGCCAAGACGCGCAUCAUGCUGGCCGAGGCUGGUACGGUCGAGUCCAAAGGGUCCAUUGUUCCUGUCCUUAGAAUCGUUUAUAGGGAGAAAGGGAUCUCAGGACUAUUUGCUGGUGUGCUUCCCAGAACCAUGUGGAUUUCCAUUGGGGGUUCAAUAUUCUUUGGAACUUAUGAACUAGUCAAGAAAUACUUGGCGGAUAAUUGUGACUGAUGAUGUACUUUUUGAUCUAGUUGUUAGCUAUUAAAGUGUAAGAAAUACGUUUUAUGAAAUUCAUCUUUCAGUCCAUUAAGAUGAGGCCUUAUACUUUCUCUAUCUUCCUCUUUGUGACAUAAAACGGAACAUAAAGUUGGUUCGAAAGAGGG